AUGGAAAACAUAAUGCUGGAUGAAAAGAAGAAAAACAUCAAAAUAGUCGAUUUUGGCCUCAGCAACACUUUUAACCCCAAUGAGCUGAUGAAAACCCACUGUGGUUCCCUGGAGUACGCAGCACCAGAACUCUUCAGCCCAGCCGGAAAGUAUGGACCAGAAAUUGACAUCUGGAGCAUAGGAAUAGUACUGUAUGCAAUAGUGGUUGGUAAACUACCUUUCACCACACCUUACACAGACCAGUACCGUAGGGAGAAACUGCUUCAACAGAUAGAGAAAGGGCUGAUAGAGCAACACAACCGAGAGAUGGCUCAUAUAACCAGUGAUUGCAAAGACAUUCUAAAAAAGAUUCUAGAGCCAAACCCAGAUCUUCGCCUGUCCGUGGUGGAGAUAGAAAAGCACCCGUGGGUCACAUACAAUGAGAAGAUGCCUUUCUAUGCCUUCCACGCGUUUCCCCGGGACAAGGGUAUGAAAGCUAAGACCACGCCCCAGAGCGAGGACGAGUUAGAACAGGAGGUAAUGGAUGAGCUAUCGGACAUGCUGAGUAUGAAAAAGGACCAGGUGGAGAAGACAGUACAUGAGUGCAAGUGUGAUGACCUGUCAGCCAUGUUUAAUAUGAUCAUGGACACAAAACGAUGUGAAAAAGGUUUAUUUGAGAUUGAUUACACUACACAGCCUGAGAAAAAGCUCGAUACUAAAACAAAGAAACACAAGAGGAAGUCAAUGCAACAGAGAGCACUGGAGAAGGAAGGCGGGUCAUCACAUGGGGAACAUCAUGGAAAUGGCAAUGAGCUGUCGCCAAAAACUGGUCAGUCUGGAGAUGGAUCUGCCAACGACCACCACAAGGUCAGCGCCAGCUUCGACUUCAUGGCCCUGUGCAGCGCCCCCUCCUGGCUGGGACCGGAGAAGAAACGAGCAAAACCGAGGCGGUCACUACGCUACAACAGACUUAUGUCUCCUAAUCAAACAUCGGAUCCCAGCCACAGCAACGAUACCAUCAACUCCAUCCCAAAUCACCCGAGCAACCCUAACCUCCUGUCUCCGGGGCAACCCGGACAGAUGGCCUUCAACCGUCGUUCCUUCAGUCGUCGCAACUCUUCCCAGCGUAAAAAACGGUCAAGUUCUUAUGGACCGGGGAAUCGUCGCACAAACAGUCUAAAGGAUGUGCAGGGUUCCAGUAGCUCCCAGCCUAACAGUCCCACUACCCUGCUCAGUCCUUCUAUACGGAUAGACCCGCCUCGCCCCCUUCCUAUCCAGCGUCCCAAAGAUCUCAGUGUGAAGGGUUGCUAUCACCUUUCACCCUUCUCCCUUCAUGUCCCUGCCAACAAGAGUAAUUCCUACUCAAACAUCAAUGGACCUGUUUUGCAUACAACAGGAAAGUGUAGGAAUAACUCAGACAGUUCAAACCCAUGCUCCACCACCGAACUACUCAGCUGUGCGGGCUCCCUCGAAGCGCUCAUUGACCCCAGCCACACAGAUGACUCCUUGGAUGUCAUAGAUUCGGGGCAGAAAACAGCUGCUGAAGCCAAAUUAUCGUCCAAUGAUAACCUUGAGUCACUAACAGAGGAUGGGCUUGACUCUGUAGAGGCCCGUAUUGCAUUAGUAGACAUUAAGUCCAUCGUGAGACCCAAAGUGUCUGCAAAACAGGACAAGAAACAAUUAGUGAAUGUGACGUCAAAAGUUGGUAAUGUGUGUGAUUCGCGGACGAUAUUGUCAGCAAGCUCGGUGGAGCAUGUGGUACCCACAUCUAUGCAAUCAAGUGAAGAUAAGAAUCCACGGAUACGGUGUGCUCAGUGUUGUGAAUUUAAUGUGUCGGAUUGUAAUGAGGCCAGCAACAGUGAGGCGCAGCUGUUUACACUGGAUACAGAGAUAAACGAAGAUCAAGUGGAUAGUACCACAGAACUACUGGGCGCCACCAAAAUGGUGGACCUGCCCGAACCUUCAUCAAUGGACAUCACAGAUCGUGGAGUGGUGUGCUCUAAUAGGGAUCACAAGCAGGCGGUUAAUGGGAAGAACACAUUAUCUACAGGGGAGGUUCACAUGCCUCCUCCUAAGAACGGCCCAAGAGGCUUGCAUUAUCGACGUUCCAGUGAGUUCGCGAAUGCGCUAGAGUAUAGCCCUGACGUAGAGGCCUAUUUAGAGGAUGGGCGUACGAACAGCUCCAAUGUGUCAACUCGCUGCUCCAAUGUGUCGCUGUAUAAUCUCGUCAUGCCGAACACACCCACGCGACAAAUGUUUCAGAUGCCCCUCGCGCGCAUAGAAAGCUUCCAUAGUGAUGACUUUGAUGCAUUAGCAACGGACUUAGAUUUCACCCCUAAUGUGAAAUCGACGUCAAGCGCCACGACUCCUUCCAGCUCUGUAAAUACACCUACUAUGCCAUGUUUUGCCUAUAAACUUCAUCUCCAUAAGAAGAAAAAUGCCAAGUUAAAAGUGAAUAAAUUUAAAAAUUCAACUUCCAGUGGAAAAGAGAUGUGUGUGAAAGAGAUAGACUCAGGAGGAUUGUAUAACUCAUCCAUCACGGAAAAUGAGCUCAGGAUCGACCCUUCAUGUUCAGAGCCACUGCUCAGCUCAGGGAGUGACGGAGGGGUGGAGAGAGUCAUUGACGAGGUCGCAGAUAGACCCUCCUCUGUCAGCAAAGCCAAAAUCCAUCCUAUGGACAGAGAUGAGCAGGAUACGAGUGAAUUGAUAUUACGAGGUACAAAAAUCAACAACAAGUCCAUUCCAAAAAACAAGUGUACAAGCACCUCCAACACGAGUGAGUCUACGGGUAACGAUGUCAAGGCCAGGAAGCAGCAGAAUUCUCACGAAAAGACAUCAAAAUCUAACAACUCUGAAAACAAAAAAGUCUCUAUAAAAUGCUCACCUUGGAAACAUGGUUUUGUCCAUUUCUUAAGAAAAAAAAGGCAAGGUCAAGGUUACAGAGCUGGUAGUCAUAACAACAAUGACUCAAUUAACUCUAACUAUCACUCGUCCAACUCGGGGACGACUAACACACGGAACGGCCACACCCGCACCUCAUACAGCAAACCUCUUCUCACCGCCCAGGAGGAAAACAGUGCAGAUAUGGAAACGCAGUUCAACUCCUCUCCUCUUCCCACAUUUUCUGAUGCAUUAGAAGUGCGCUCGUCCCCUGUACCAGGGCACACCCCCACCCCCAGCACCACUAAAGUGUUUGACUUCACGGUGAUCACAUCGGAGUCGCCCCAGGCCAAGUCCUGCCUGCUGAGCUGGCGAGGCUGUCGUGAGUGUUUCUCUGACGACCAGCUGUCCGAGGACGGGGGCAGUGAAUGCACUUUUCGGUUUGAGCAGAGUGUUGACGUUGCUAUAAAAACCACUAUGGCAAUAAAGAGUGUCCAAGAUGCCAAAAAUUACUCCGCUUACAAGUAUGCUCACACGUGACGGAGAUACCUCACAGUCGCUGACUGGUCGGUACUACCAAGGACGCACCACUGACUGACCAGUAGACGAAUGACCCAAUAUUUGUUAACUGGUCAGUCAGCUCAGGACAAAAAGGAAAGAAGAGGACAACGUACUACUGACCAGUCAGUGGGACCCCUGAAAUUCUCCUAUAAGAGUCUGCCAGCACAGACUUUGUGGUGGUUAAACCAAAACAUAUAUGUGACACUGUUGUUGAUUGGUCAGUAACCCUAACCAUAUAUAUAACACUAUUGUUGAAUGGUCAGUUACAUUUCAUAUUUGCAGUGCAAUUUUGGUAGAAAAACAUGGUGUUGACACAACAUGAAAUAUACAAGGCCACCAUGUUGUCAGCAACAUGGCGGAACAGACGUUACUGUGAGAACAAGUGGUGUUAGAGUUAAUACAGAAACUGACAUAUGCAGCGAUAUUGAUUGACCUUGAGAUCUAUGACCUUGACCUUGUUAUUUUGAUUCAUCGUUCUUUCAUUCUGUAUAGAUACCCAUUUUAAUAGUUCAAUUGAGGUUGUAUAAUUGAAUGAAGGAGAUUUUAUGAAAAUUUGAAAAUGGUCCAUGCUCAUUGAAAAUCCCAUAUGUACUCAUUAUUGCUCAUUGUACAUGAAAUAUUUUUCAAUUUUUCCACAUAUUACUUGUCUGUGAUUAUUUGAAAGCAAACAAAUUGAGAUUUGAUUUAUUCCAGUAAUUUUUUCGCUCUAUAGAUGACCCCGGCCAGUUUAUGCAUUGUUUCUCCCUUGUUGAUGCCUAUUACUUGCCAGUGUAUGCAGAGGUGAUGAGAUUUCACUUUCACAGAUAAGAUCAGGAGCGUUAGUCUUCACUCCCAGAGGUCACCUUGUGGGUCAGUGCUCCGAAUGUUGGUUGGUGAUUGGCUGUUGCACUCCAUAGUUACAAACAGGACUGAUCAAUAUAUCCCAACGGGUAAUACAAAUAAGUCUUAUGAUAUAUCCUACCUUUAGCUUGUCCUUGUAAAGUCACCAACUUUGAAACAAAAACUUUCAUAUCAUUGUAGGGUGAUAAAAUACCCCAUUUCUGUUUCUCAAAACAUGUGACAGAGGGUUCAAUUUUUAUUUCUCUCAGGGGUUAAACUUAUACUUGCUUUCACGAUGGUGACUGGAUGUAAUUCAUGUUUCGCAAAAGGGUUACAGGUUACUGUACCCGUAAAGGGUAAAUUGAAUUCCUCAAGUACAGUCUGCCCAAAGGAGACUCGAGUGAUUAGUUUGUUCCUAACAAACUGAUGGUUGAAAGCUAGAUAGGUAGUAUCUAUUCGAAAGGUCAAUGAUCUUGAAUGACCAUCCACAGCACACCUCUUUUAAAAAGCAAUUGUAUCCAGGAACCAAUCAAAUGUUUAGGAAAAUGUGUAAUUCCUGCCUUCAGCUAAUCACAUAUCUUGAAAAGGGUGUUAUACCUCUGAUCUGCGACAGCCAAUCAGAUGUCUGGGAAUGCGGUUAAUAGUUGGAGUAUAACUUCUAAUUGGUUGAUAAGGUUUUUGUUUAAUAGGAAUAUUUACUGGCACAGAUCUGAUGGUCAAGGGCUCACACACAGUAUGGUCAAAGUUGAGGUGGUCAACUAAUCACAGGGUAGGGUCAAUGUUUUAAGGUCGUCAGCAGAGGUCCUGUUUAAAUUAUUCACCCCUGAAACUUCAUAAUGAACUAUUCCACCCUUUGAAUUGGAAGGGUUCAAAUGUGUUUUCAGGGGUGAAUGAGUUAUUAAAUGAAACGAUCUUGCAACAUGGUACAGUUGUUGCAGUAUUAUGAAAAAUAUAUAGUUGGGUUUUAUGAUUGAAAACAAACCUUUCUGGUGAAAUAGCUCAGAGUGAAGGAAAUUGUAUGAAAUUUGACCAUUGACUGACAACCAGUAUUUUGUUUUAAUAUCUAUCUUUUUUUAUAUGAGAUAAAAUAAUUACCAGUAUGUUACUAAAAGAUAACAUACCUCUUCCUCAAACUAUAUUGAGAUCAAUGUUUAAUAAAACAACAAUGAAAAAUAUAUGGUCUGGAAACUUCGUAAUACAGCCAGCGAGACAGUAUAAUAAGAGGUUUCGUAUAGGAAAAUGGAAACAUUGACUAACGGGAUAAAUAAGGCUUGUCUGUUCCUUCAAACAUUGCCCGCUGAUACAAGGUUUGACCACUGUCACAAGGGUUGACCGCUGACACAAGGUUUGACCUUUGUUACAAGGGUUGACCACUGAUGCAAGGUUUGACCUUUGUUACAAGGUUUGACCUUUGUUACAAGGUUUGACCACUGAUACAAGGUUUGACCUUUGUUACAAGGAUUGACCACUGAUACAAGUGUUGACAAUUGUUACAAGGGUUGAUCAUUGAUACAAGGUUUGACCUUUGUUACAAGGGUUGACCACUGUUACAAGUGUUGACCUUUGUUACAAGGAUUGACCACUGAUACAAGGGUUGACCACUGAUACAAGGUUUGACCUUUGUUACAAGGAUUGACCACUGAUACAAGGUUUGACCUUUGUUACAAGUGUUGACCACUGAUACAAGGUUUGACUUUUGUUACAAGGAUUGACCACUGUUACAUGGUUUGACCACUGAUACAAGGGUUGACCACUGAUACAAGGGUUGACCACUGAUACAAGUGUUGACCACUGAUACAAGUGUUGACCACUGAUACAAGGGUUGACCACUGUUACAAGGAUUGACCACUGAUACAAGGUUUGACCACUGAUGCCAGGGUUGACCACUGAUACAAGUGUUGACCACUCAUGCCAGUGUUGACCACUGAUACAAGUGUUGACAACUGAUCUUUGUCGCAAAGUUCUGACCUAACUUUUUAUAUUACCUCUCACACAGUUAUUCUAUUUUAUCUUUCUAAAACACAAUCCAGUUACCUCCCUUUACAAAGUGAAAUACUUCCCCAAACGAACAUUUUUGCUAUUUGUAUAACUUUUCAUUUGGAUGUGAUCCUACUUUUUUGUUGUUGCUAGGUAACGAUAUAAAAUAUUAAGUAUCUAAGUGACACGUAUUUUGAGAUUGAUUGAUAUAUAUAAAUGUGUAUAAUAUUGCGUAUUGAGUAUAUUACAAAUCAAAAACCAGGCGGAGCCAUUACACAUGUAUGUUAGUAGUAAGAAAUCUUUUAUGUACAAAAUUGUAAACUUUAUUUCUAUACUGCAUACCAUUCCAUAGUUACCAUAUAGUACCAUGUUACUCCUGUCGUUACACCUAGUAACCUUUCACUAAUUAUCACCAUCUCCAUGGCAACCAAUCUUGACCUUUCAACUUAAGACUGGAACCGGUAUGAUUUUGUAUCUUUGUUGAAGCGUUUGUGCUGUUAACAUGACGGUAUGGAAUGCAAUGUUGUUAUUUGCUAAUUAGUAUUACAAAUUCUUCCAGGAAUGAAAGUUGAGUAUAAAAUAACCUUUUAUGAUGAUAAUAGAAAGGUGACACCUGUUAAACUGAUUAUUGUAUAGACAAAUAAUGACAUUGAAAGACUUGGUUUGUGCCCUAAUAUCUUGGUUGUUGAGUAGCUGUUGAGACUGUUGUAAGUUCUAUUAUACAAGCUAAGCUACACUGGUGUUUAUAUUUGUUAUACAUUGUAUGUAUUUUGAUACGCAUUGAUUAAGACUGCGAUGUAGAGUUGUGGAUUGUUUUCACAAAAAAAAUUAUACACAAUUGUUUUUAGAUGCAUAAUUAUGAAAAUGAUUGCUAGAAAA